ACAUUAAUAGCUUAGCGCGGCAGGAGCAGCUCCUACAGCAUCCAGCAUCCCUGCAUCCAUCCCUGCCUGCCUUUGAGCAGCAGCACCCGGCGCAGAACAACCCACUGAAUCAGUGAUGCCACAGCAUCAUCCGCAUUUCGACCAGAAAUAACUGACAGUUUUUCCAUAGAGGAGACAGAGGGGAGAGGAAAUUUUAUAAAUAAGACGGCAACUGCCCAUGAAGAUGUCCAACGCUGACACCGUCUUAAACCCCGCCGAUCGGGUGGUAAAAUCUGUCCCCUUUCCCUUGAGCCACCGCCUUACAAUGAAGGAAGUGUUUGACUGUGAAGGCAAACCUCGUGUGGAUCUCCUGAAAGCUCACCUGACCAAGGAGGGCCGCGUGGAGGAAGCUGUGGCACUUCGAAUCAUCAAUGAGGGUGCAGCCAUCCUCCGCCAGGAGAAAACUAUUCUUGACAUCGAGGCACCAGUUACAGUCUGUGGGGACAUCCAUGGGCAAUUCUUUGAUCUUAUGAAGUUGUUUGAAGUGGGAGGAUCGCCGGCCACAACGCGAUACCUAUUCCUCGGGGACUAUGUUGACCGUGGCUACUUCAGUAUUGAGUGUGUUUUAUACCUUUGGUCGCUGAAAAUCCUCUAUCCAAAGACACUAUUUUUACUUCGCGGAAAUCAUGAAUGUAGACAUUUGACAGAAUAUUUCACCUUCAAACAAGAAUGUAAAAUCAAGUACUCAGAGCAGGUGUAUGACUCAUGUAUGGAUGCAUUUGACUGCCUCCCUUUGGCUGCACUCAUGAACCAGCAGUUUUUGUGUGUCCACGGAGGACUCUCACCUGAAAUACACACCUUAGAUGACAUUAAAAAGUUGGAUCGGUUCAAGGAGCCCCCUGCAUUUGGGCCCAUGUGUGACCUGCUCUGGUCAGAUCCUCUGGAAGACUUUGGAAAUGAAAAAACGCAGGAAUACUUCAGCCACAACACAGUGCGAGGCUGCUCUUACUUCUACAGUUAUCCCGCUGUGUGUGAGUUCCUACAGAGCAAUAACCUAUUAUCGAUUAUCCGAGCACAUGAAGCACAAGAUGCUGGUUACCGGAUGUACCGUAAAAGUCAGACUACUGGAUUCCCGUCCCUAAUAACCAUCUUCUCUGCACCAAAUUACCUGGAUGUUUACAACAAUAAAGCUGCUGUACUGAAAUAUGAAAAUAACGUCAUGAACAUUCGACAGUUCAACUGUUCGCCACACCCCUACUGGCUGCCCAACUUCAUGGACGUCUUUACCUGGUCACUGCCAUUUGUUGGAGAAAAAGUCACCGAAAUGUUGGUGAACGUGUUAAGCAUCUGCUCUGAUGAUGAACUCAUGAAUGAUGAAGAUGAGAUAUUUGAUGCUAAUGCGGCUGCGGCCCGCAAAGAAGUGAUCAGAAACAAGAUCCGUGCUAUUGGAAAAAUGGCCAAAAUGUUCUCAGUUCUCAGAGAGGAGAGUGAAAAUGUGUUGACGCUUAAGGGCCUGACUCCCACUGGCAUGUUGCCAAGCGGGGUUCUCUCUGGAGGCAGACAGACACUGCAGAGCGCAACCAUUGAAGCCAUUGAAGCCAUCGAGACGCAUGAUGAGGACAGAGAAGCUAUUCGAGGGUUCUCCCCCCAGCACAAGAUCACCAGCUUCGAGGAGGCUAAGGGCUUAGACCGCAUCAAUGAGCGCAUGCCACCACGCAAGGAUGGAGUUAACCAUGUGGGCCACUCCAUGGGCAAGAUGAAUAUGUCGGAGGCAAAUGGCACAGAAGACAACAGCAAUAUCCAGUGAUGUGCUGUCUGAGCCACAGACUCUGUGCCACUGUUUCAGCCAUGCAGCAGGACUUUGCUUAAUGGGAAAUUAAGGCCUCAGAACACAAAAAACCAAACAGGCCCACCGCUAGAACAUGAAACCUGCAGCAAAUUUUAACACCAGGCGAAAAAGGUCAUUUAUUUCAUGGCGGCGUGUCAUUGCACUGUUAGGGGGAGGGGGGGAGCUGGGGUUUAAAGCAAAGGGACAGGGAUACAGAGAGACCAAAGGCUGCAGCAAAGAAGUGCUUUUGGAAGUUGUUUCUGACUGUAGUUCCCCUUCUCAAUUCGAUUACAGACUGAAUUAUUGGGAGUGUUGUUGCUGUGAAUGCUCUCACACACAUGUGCUCCUUCAUUACAGGGCCUGGCGGAAGACGUAAGUGCAGUAUCCAUGCCUCACAAAUCAUUUUAAUGUUUUAUAAAGUAUUUAUUAUGAAUCACUCACAAAUGCACUUCAAGAGGAAAUAAUCUACUUAUCUAAUUGUUUUUUUGCUAGUAUUAGGUCAUGUCACUUUGUGAGAGAAAACAAGAAAGAAAACAGGAGAGAAGUAAAAAAGUAAAAUGUGUACCUCUUUGAAACCUGCAGCAUGCCAUUUUACCAGUGGACUUGAAUUUAUUGAUUUACCUUGUUGUAAAAUGCUGCCAAACUGCAAGUUAAAAAGAGGACAGGGUGCUUAUGUUUGCUUGCCACUGAAAAACCUGUGUAGCUCCACAUCCAUCUCAGCUAUGUCUUAGUAAACUCCAGCAUUGCUUCAUUCCUCUAGCCAUCUUCCCAGAUGAAACUAAGAGGAGAAGAAGCGGGUUUCCUGAAGGUACUUUAGAAUAGCAAAAUACAGAGAUUUGACAUCAAAUUAAGUCUAUUUUAUUCCUUUCAAAUUCCAGUCUAAAGGUUCUAUUGCAGUACCUCUCUCAAAGCAGAAAUUCACAUAGGCAUGGGCUGGUAUAAGAUUCUCAAGGUAGCGACCCAAAGAUUUUACAUGUGAUCUAAUUCUUAUUAUUUGAAACAAAGAUGGAACAGAUUUGAUUUUAUUUGGCAAGGACUUUUUACACUAAUAUCAUUGCUGUAACUAUACCAGAUUUUGCAGAAAGGGUGUUUUCAUCUAGUAAAUGCAACAUGUAUCCCUUCACAAAUUCAAUUAAACGUAUACAUAA